UUGAAAUGGCAUUUCAUCUCCAAAUCAUAUCGCAGCAGUGACAAUGUCCCAGGAUAUACCAGAAGAAGAUGUCUCUCGCAUUUUGUUUCACCUCCAGCUUCCUCCAUCCGAUUUUCUCCCUCUUCCACCUCUCCAGUUCCUCCGAGCAUAUCUCCAUCUUCUCCCACCGUCUCUUCUGGAACCAUUCGCUAUCAUUCCACCCAAAACACGCACUUUAAUCCCAUCCAUCAAGCGCCGAAGGCUCAUUCAUUCCACCACACAUCCAUCAUUCCUCACUGCCUCUCAAGGAAGGCUCCGUUGGCCUCUCCUUUGGGAACGCAUGGGCGGCGAUCCAUUCGCUCCGAUCAGCGAGAGCGCUGAGGAAGAAGCGGCAUGGGCAGAGUCAUCAUUUAUGAAAGGAACUGCUGGGAACCAGCAGGUGAGAAAGCUUGGAGGGUUUUUGAGGUUGAUGGAGGAAGAGAGGGAGGCAGAGGAUGUGAGAGCUGCAAAACGAAUGGAGAGACGCUUAGAUCAAGAAGGGGAAGAGUUUGAAGAGGAAAGCGAUGAGGAGGAAGAGCGGUUCGGAGCAAACCAACGGCCCCAGAUGGCAGAAGAUCAACAAGAAGUUGAGCUUGCGUUCGAGAAGCGUUUGCUAGAACUUUUCCUCGAUGGUCUAGACACAAUAGACUAUUCCCCGAUAGACUUUGUGGAUCCUCCGGGAGGAGAUCCUAUAGCUCAACGAGACGCCGAAGAUAGGUAUUUUGACGAUGAAGAACCGAGUCAAACGCCCAACGGGACGACGCAAGGCGAAGGUCUGAGAGGACGAGAGAUGAUGGUUGAUGAGGAUAAGACGGCUCAGAAUGGUCAGGGAGAUUAUGAUUACUAGAUUGCACUAUAUUAGUAUCUUUGGAUGAUC